AUGGUUCUCGCCAAAUCCAAAAAUGCCGUUGGACUGGGAAACAGUUUGAUGAAUGAUAGAUUCGGGAAGGGCAAAGGAGCAGAUCGCAAAAAGACCACGGCGACUGGAAUUCAGAGAACGCACAAAGAUACUGGAGAAACCUAUGUCACAAACGAAAAGCAAGAGGCCAGCUGGGUCAAGAUGCGAUCAGUUACGGAGCAGGCAGCACUCGAUGAAUUCUUGUCCACUGCAGAGUUAGCCGGCACAGAUUUCACAGCGGAGAAGAUGAACAAUGUCAAAAUUAUUCACACCGAUCAAAAGAAUCCAUACUUGUUAUCGGCUGCGGAAGAACGAGCUGCAGUUGGUAAGCAGAAGGUACAUAAGGAAAGACUCACAGUUCCAAGAAGACCGAAAUGGGAUUCUACGACAACCCCACAAGAACUUGAUAGAAUGGAGAGAGAUGGUCUUCUCGAAUGGAGAAGAGGACUAGCUGAACUUCAGGAAAACAACGAUUUAUUGAUGACACCAUUUGAGCGCAAUCUGGAAGUUUGGAGGCAGUUGUGGAGAGUUAUUGAGAGAUCUGAUCUUAUUGUACAAAUCGUCGACGCUAGGAACCCGCUUUUAUUUCGAUCUGAAGAUUUGGAAAGAUAUGUUAAAGAUGUCGAUAGCCGCAAGGAGAAUCUCCUAUUGGUAAACAAGGCUGAUAUGUUGACUUUGGAGCAAAGACAACAUUGGGCUGAUUACUUUGAGGCCGCCGGUAUCAAAUACAAGUUCUUCUCAGCAGCUUUGGCAAAAGAAUUAAAUGAAGCAAUGUUAGAGGAGACUGAAGAAGAAACAGAGGCCUCUGCAUCCGCAUCAAAGCUAGCAGAGAAGGCGAGAGCACUUGGGCUUGACGACGAUGAUGAAGAAGAUGAUGAUGAUGACAGUGAAGCGGACAGCGAUGAGCAAGAUGAAGAGGCAGCUGUUGAAGAGGAUGAUGAGGAAAGCGACGAGGAAAUCACUGAAACUGAAAGUACCAGAAUCUUGACUGUAGAUGAGUUGGAGGCUCUUUUCUUGGUUCAUGCACCUGAAGUUCAAGAUUCUGAGUCAGGAAUUACUAGAAAGACUCAAAUUGGUCUCGUCGGAUACCCUAACGUUGGUAAAUCUUCCACCAUUAACGCCUUAAUUGGUGCCAAGAAGGUGUCUGUAUCUUCGACACCAGGAAAAACGAAGCAUUUCCAAACUAUCCAUCUUAGUGACAAAGUCCUACUUUGCGAUUGUCCUGGUUUGGUUUUCCCAAAUUUUGCUACCACCAAAGCAGAACUUGUGUGCAAUGGUAUUCUGCCUAUUGAUCAACUUAGAGAAUUCGUGGGUCCAGCUGGUUUAGUAGCACACCGCAUCCCCCAAGGAUUCUUAGAAGCAUUGUAUGGAAUGAAAAUCGUGACCCGACCUUUGGAGGAAGGGGGAACGGGUAUACCAACAGCUGAAGAGAUGUUAACAGCAUACGCUAGAGCAAGAGGUUUCAGAAGAACAGGACAAGGUCAGCCGGAUGAGUCGAGAGCUGCUAGACAUAUUCUUAAGGAUUACGUUAAUGGAAAGCUGCUAUUUUGUCAGCCUCCUCCAUUGGACAUUGAUCCUUUUGAAUUUAAUAGAGAGCUGUAUGACGAAGGUCAUCUACCAGAGAAGAGACGACAGGCUUUAGCAUCAAUGGCAUCAUCCGCCGAUGAUCAAGCUUCCGUUGCAGAUUCCGAUGUUAUCGAAAUGCCUCAAGGACCAAAGUCAAAGAACCUUGACAGUACUUUCUUUGCUCAAGGGCAAGGUAAUUCAGCACAUUUACGAAUGCCUUUCAGUCACAAAUACUCUGAGCAAGGAACUGCUAGCGGGAAACUACUCUCAGGGAGGAAACAGGCAACAUUAAUAGCUUUGGAAAAGGAUGUGGAUCCAAAUGAUAUUAAGAAACUGACCAGCAAAAAGCAUUUCAAGGGUAAUAAACCUGGUGGAAAGGGCAAGAGAAGAGCGAACUAUUUUGCUGAUUAA